CCGUCUUAGGAUCGUAACGGGAGCCUCCCGCCGUCCGGGGAGGAGCGGCGCGGCUCUCGGGACGCCUGUCCCCCCGGUCCGGCCCUGAAGGCAGGCCCUGAAGGCAGGCCCGGAGGGACAGCCCGAAAAUUCGGCCCCGAUUUCGGGGUCUAACGAGGCCAGGUGUCGCCAAUUAGGCUCGAUUGGAAGCCGAUCAUCAGGAGCUUCCCUGAUUGGACGCCCUGAAUUGGGACCAGGUGUUGCCAAUUAGGCUUGAUCGGGGGGGCGGGGGGGAAGCACGCCUGCAUAUAUAGCUGGGCUGCGGAGGUGCCCUGCUUCUCAGUUGCUAUCUGACCCUCGCGGAGUGAUGACGGCUUCUAAGUUUAAAAAUCGUUGCCCUGUUUGCCAGAGCAAAUCUUGGCGCCUGCGGAGCCACUUGGAUGACGUUCAUAGCGUCAGGAACGCCCAGGAGCGAAGGAUCCUGUUGGCGUUUGCCAGAGGGCGAGUGAGUGUCCGCGGAAUGAAGUGCCCCGUCCGCGGAUGCGCUUACGGGGGGUCCAGAGUGGCGCAGCACCUCCAAGACGCUCACCGUGAUCUGGGUGCCAAGGAGAAGAGGCGGCUUUUGAGGAAGCUCCAGUGGCGCAAAACGCUGAGGCAGGUGAGAGAACUUCGGGCCUCGGGUCCCGACCCGCCCUUAGCCACCAGCUUGGACCUGGACGGUUCACGGGGCAGGGAAGAAGCCGCCGCCGCCUCCGCUUCCCCGCCUCCCCCCCCUACUCUUUCCCCUCCCUCGCUGGCUUCGGACGUGGUGCAGGGGCGAGGGCUUCCCGGCCGACUGAGCCCCACUCCUCCCCGUUCGACCUCGGCGGACUCCCCGCCACCAGAGCCGGAGCCAUGUCUUCCCGGCGGGCUUGGCACCAGUGCCGACGUGCCAGCCGCGGACUCGGUGGUCGUCGAGGAGGAGGAGAUUGCCGGAGGGCCGGAGAUCGGGGACGAACCGCAGGCGGAGCUGACUGGACUGCCGGAGAUAAGGGACGAACCGCAGGCCCCGUCCUCCAGCACGGUUAGUAAGCUGAUUACAUUUCCUCCAGUCAUCCGUUGCUACCUGCAGGAAUAUAACCGGCAUCUGACCGGGGCUAUACGCUCGCGAAAGCAUGUUGAAAAUGUUAAAUCAAAGAUGGGUCGAAUUGUUGCAUUCCUCAGCUACAUGAGCCGUAAUAAGACCGCCCUGGGCUCCUGGCGCUUCUUGGAUGACGCCGGACGCAUACUUGCCUGGCCCGCUGAACUCAGCCGUCAGCAGAAGGCCGUGACUACCGUUAAGGUUUACCUGGUAAACACAACCCAAUUCCACGUAUACUUCAUGGAGACGCCUCCGAGAAGCUCCAGGCUGUCAAAGCGGCAGCUCGUGUCGGUGAUGCGAGCUCUGAGGUCGGCCACGUGCCAAAUCGGAACGCAGGUGGUGCUUCGGCAGAUCAAGGUCAAGUCUGAGAAGCUCCAGCGAUCCGUAACGCCCCAACUUCUCUGCAGAUGCCUCAAACAAUCUCAGAGCUGGAUCCCCAGACUCUUGCUGAGCUGCUCGCAAAAGAAGCACGACGUGGGAGUGAGACAUCUGUUGUACGGUUUCAUUGUCCUUUACCUUACUUCUCUCUACGGCCAUCGGGCCGGCGUCAUGACCAACCUUACCACCGAAGAGGUCCUGGAGGCAACAAGGGGAUCCAGCUCUCGCUCUCCGGGGGUCGUACUCAAUGUAAAAAACCAUAAGACUGCACGGGUGUUUGGCUGUGCUCAGGUGUUUCUGACCCACGAGGAACUGGGCUGGAUCCAGCGGUGGAUGGAGAUCCGGGCUCUGCUACGCCCUCGGUGCGAUCUGGUAUUUUUCAAUACCAACCACGGGCAAGUGAAAAACAUCACCCUGUUCGCGAGGAACGCAUGGGCAGCCAUGCUACUGCCAGGCAGACCCUCCCUUACCGACAUCAGGACCGCGGUCGCAACGAUGUGCAGGAACACCCACUCCAGUGAGGUCCGGACGCAGCUGUCCCGGGUAAUGUGUCACGACACCCGCACGGCCGACCGAUUCUAUGCGAUGCAGCUGGAUGUCUGCCAGAUGGCGGAGAUGAGGCGCAGAUUUGCCCAGUGCAUGGGAGAAGAAGCUGCAGAAAGUUCACAAUAAACUUUGAAUAAUGCACCAGAAUGUGUCAUGUCUCUUCAUUGUGUGGGGGGUGGGUGGGUGGGGUUCCAAUCCCGGCCAACGGGGCCCGCGGAUCGGUCCGCACCUCUGGUAAUCUGAGCUGGGCUCAGAACCGACCCGGAGAACCGCCAGGCCCAUCAGAAGGACCGAGGAGACUCACCGGAGCGGCCGGAGCCCACAGCGUUACUGCUUCGGAGAUCCAGAGAACCAGACCGACGUUCCGGGGAAAACGGCUUAAAAUGCUGGAAAAAGCCGAAAAAGGGGCCUAAAUCGGCCUUGUCUGAGCUCCAGACGCCCCCUACAACCGCCCUGGAUCAAAACACUUUGUCAUUUUAGAAAAAAGUGCUCUUCUCCAGGGCUCUCUUGAAAUCCUUCCGGUGGGAUUUUUUUAUCUAAGGUCCUCAGAUCCUAUCUAUCCAAAUGGCGCCGGUGAAGCCCUAAUUUUACGGGUGG